CAAUGUGGUGUAAAAGCCCUUUGGUUUUGCUUCAUCUCUAUACAGCAUUUCAGUGCCAUUGCAAGAUGACUCGACAUCGGAUAAAACUGUGGAACACAGCUCUACUUGGUGAAAAAGUAGGUGGCUCUGAAAAGAACCUUUUUGGUUUGGACCGAGGUAUGAGUAAUGCACUACUCCAGACCCACUACUUGCUCUUGGCCUUGUGGUGGCUCUCAGUUUUCUUAGGCAGCAGCACGGCCUGGAUGUUGGGCAGAACACCACCCUGGGCGAUGGUCACUUUACCAAGCAGCUUGUUGAGCUCCUCGUCGUUGCGGAUGGCCAGCUGCAGGUGGCGCGGGAUGAUGCGGGUUUUCUUGUUGUCUCGGGCCGCGUUCCCAGCCAGCUCCAGGAUCUCGGCGGUCAGGUACUCCAGCACCGCCGCCAGGUACACAGGCGCGCCGGCACCUACCCGCUCGGCAUAGUUGCCCUUGCGGAGCAGUCGGUGCACUCGGCCCACGGGGAACUGAAGACCCGCCCUAGAAGAGCGGGUCUUAGCUUUGGCGCGAGUUUUGCCGCCCUGCUUGCCACGUCCCGACAUGACAAAUAUACUCAAUCAGCAGCGUGCCUGAGACUGACGCAAUACUAAGGCUCGGCUACUUAUAGUCAAUACAUGCACGAAAACUAAGCUAUGCUAUUGGCUAACAUUACAGUUUCGCUUUAACCAAUGGGAUUGCGGUUUUGAAAAACACUUAUUUUGAUUGGACAAAGUUAAUAUACGUUUCCAGGACUCACCACUAGUUAAACGCACACCUUCAUUGUCUGCUCCAUUUGCGUUAAGAAGCAGGGAAUAAGCGUUAGGUAGACAGUGCUACCGACUUUCUUCCCUUUUUUUCUCUAAUUUUCUGGCAGUUACUACCAGCCAUGCCUGAACCCUCAAAGUCUGCUCCCGCCCCAAAGAAAGGCUCCAAGAAGGCGGUGACAAAGGCCCAGAAGAAGGACGGCAAGAAGCGCAAGCGCAGCCGCAAGGAGAGCUACUCCGUGUACGUGUACAAGGUUCUGAAGCAGGUCCACCCCGACACCGGCAUCUCGUCCAAGGCCAUGGGAAUCAUGAAUUCCUUCGUCAAUGACAUCUUCGAGCGCAUCGCGGGUGAGGCUUCCCGCCUGGCGCAUUACAACAAGCGCUCGACCAUCACCUCCAGGGAGAUCCAGACGGCUGUGCGCCUGCUUCUCCCCGGGGAGCUGGCCAAGCACGCGGUGUCGGAGGGCACCAAGGCCGUCACCAAGUACACCAGCUCCAAGUGAGCCCGCCCACCGCGGAACGUUCGGUCAGUCUCGGCCCACACCCCAAAGGCUCUUUUCAGAGCCACUCAGUCUUCCCAAAGAGAGCUGGCACUCACUUUUCUUACAGCAGAUAUUUGUUACUCGUUACAAAGAAGAUUUACAAGAUUCCUUGCUUUAUCCUUGUUAGAAACUAAUUUUGGCUCAAGCCUCUAAUCCCAGCACUCUGGGGAGCCGAGGCGGGUGGAUCACGUGAGGUUAGGAGUUCAAGAUGAGCCUGGCCAACAUGGUGAAACCCCGUCUCUACUAAAAAUACAAAAAAAUUAGCUGGGCGUGCUGGCGGACGCCUGUAAUCUCAGCUACUCGGGAAGCUGAGGCAGGAGAAUCGCUUGAACCCGGGAGACUGAGGUUGCAGUGAGCCGAGAUCGGGCCAUUGCACUCCAGCCUGGGCAAUAAGAGCGAAACUCUGUCUCAAAAAAGAAAGAAAAAAUUAAUUAGCACUGCAGUGUACUGCAUGUUGCAGCAACGCUUGAGACAAUUUUUUAUCUGAAGAAGGAUCAGGUUUAUCAUCAGACAAACCUAGUAAAGGGAAAAUUCAAUUCCUGUUGACCACAAAUAAAAUACAAUAUUUAAGUGUCAACUGGUAAAAUAUCCAUAGUGUUUCCGGCGCUCUGUCCCUAAACUUCAUGUGUACUUUAGUAAUGAAGCAGUUGGCACACACAGAAACGUACAAAUCGACUAAACUUGUUUGUUUUGAGAGUGGUGCUGUUUCUCCUCCCUUGUUCCCAGUUUGAGUUUGCUAAAUAUUAAGAUAGAAAGGCAGCAGAAAAAAGUUUGAACCCAGUUUACAGCAUAGUACACGUCAAUCGGGCCGAGUUGAUGUCGAUGGCCAAUCCCGACGCUGCGCGGGCAGUUUGUAACUUGACCACCGUUUUCUCUGGAGAAGAAAAAGAAGACUCACGGAGGACAUUAAGAAGGUGGAUGGAUUCCGAAAGCUCAAGAUUUUGGCUAAAAUUAAGAGUCAGCAACCAAUCUCCAGAUGACAUUUAUAUUGCAAGAGAUUGAAUGCAGAAACAAGAAUUCAGCUGUCUUUUAUUAAACAAGACAGAGAGAUUUGCAAAAAUGUAAAA